AUGAAGUUCGAGAACUUGCUCGGUCAGCGUGGCACUGCUGUGGCGAAGCGUCUUGGAUGGAAGCAAGGGGAUGAAGAAGAAAGCUGGUCAAAGAAAGCUAUCGAUAGCUUGAUGAAAAAACUACAAAAACAUAACAAAGAAGCACUAGCAAGUUUAGAAAUGGCACUGCAGUGUCAAGGACGUCAACGAACAGACUGUGUUACCAUACCACGAUCACUUGAUGGCAGAUUACAGAUAUCGCAUCGAAAAGCAUUGCCUCAUGUGAUUUAUUGUCGUGUUUAUCGUUGGCCAGAUUUGCAAUCACAUCAUGAAUUGAAAGCAAUCGAUGAUUGCCGUUAUUGUUACGAAUCAGGUCAAAAAGAUGUGUGUAUCAAUCCAUACCAUUACGAAAGAGUGGAAAGUGCUGGUAUUUUGCCUCCAGUUUUGGUGCCACGGUAUACCGAACCACCGCCACAUAUUAUACCGCGACUAUUACGUAUUUCCAGAUUACAGACGAGUCCAUCGGCUUCAUCGAUGCCAUGCAAUAUUGACUUCAGUCACUAUAGUGAUGCAGUGAUGAUGUCAAAACGUGACGACGAAAUGGAUGCAAGUAUAGUCAUCCCGAAUGGCGUUACCACGAUAGAGGUACCAUAUGAGGAAGGAAAGUUCUGGGCUACGAUUAGCUAUUUCGAACUCAAUACUCGUGUUGGCGAGCAAUAUAAAGUUUCAUCCCCAACUGUUGAAAUCGAUGGUUUUACGGAUCCAACCUCAAAUCCUAGUAAAAUAUGUCUUGGUCUUUUGUCCAACGUAAAUAGAAAUCAACAAAUCGAAUCAACUAGACGACGUAUUGGACGAGGAGUAAAACUAACUUAUGUCCCAAAUCAAGGAACGCUUUUCGCUGAAUGCCAGAGUGAAAGUGCCAUAUUCAUUCAAUCUCGUAACUGCAAUUAUUUUCACAGUUUUCAUCCCACAACAGUAUGCAAAAUAACAAAUGGCAUUUCUUUGAAAAUUUUCGACAUGUCAAAAUUUAGAGAGUUGUUAGCGGAAUCGACACGUUGUUGUUCGUUUGAUGCAAUUUAUGAGCUAACAAAUAUGACAAUCAUACGUAUGUCAUUUGUAAAAGGUUGGGGUGCUGAAUAUCAAAGGCAGGAUGUAACAUCUACGCCAUGUUGGAUUGAAAUACAUCUCCAUGCUCCAUUACAGUGGUUGGACAAAGUUCUUUCACAAAUGGGUCCUCCACCUAAUCCGAUUUCUUCAAUAUCUUAA